UCCAAGAUGGCGGCUGACAUGUCACCGGAUGGUCAACAAGUGUCAAAAUAUUGAAAAAAUACAGACAGUUUGUGAUAUAACAAAUAUUUGUUGAUAUACUUUAAUUAAAAUAAUCUUCAAGAUGUUCCUUACACGUGCUCUAGAGAAAAUACUGAGCGACAAAGAAAUAAAGAAGGCACACCACUCACAGCUAAAAAAGGCUUGUGAAGUUGCUCUUGAAAACAUCAAGAGAGAUGGCCAAAAUCAAAAUGCACAAAGUGACGAGAAUGAUAAAUCCUCAGCUCUACCGGGCCCAAUGCAGGCAGGCUUUGUGGACGCCGACAAAUACUUUACACCAUUCGAGCUGGCUUGUCAAUCAAAAUCACCAAGAAUUGUCAACCUCACAUUGGACUUCUUACAGAAACUGAUUGCCUAUGGUCACAUGACUGGGAACACACCGGACACAACCACUUCAGGCAAGAGACUGAUAGAUCGUAUUGUAGAAACUGUGUGUGGAUGUUUCCAGGGCCCGCAAACAGACGAGGGCGUACAACUGCAAAUCAUAAAGGCCCUUCUGACUAUUGUUACAUCUAACACUUGUGAGAUACACGAGGGCACUGUUCUUCACACCGUCCGUACAUGUUACAACAUCUACCUAGCAAGCAAAAACCUCGUUAACCAGACAACAGCAAAGGCAACUCUCACACAGAUGUUAAAUGUCAUCUUUAUGCGCAUGGAAAGUCAGGCUAUAACACAGGAGGAGGAGAGAGAACGUGCCAGCAGUAAGGCCUCAGAGAACAAUGACGAGGCCUCCAUCAACAUGCAAGAGCAGGCAGAGUCACAAGGAGAUGGUGAUACCUUGUCAGUAGAACAGACUCAGUCAACCAUGUCUGAUAACCAGUCUAUAGGGGAUCAAUCAACAGGUGACCAAUCUAUGAACCAGUCCAUGGAGGAGCAGUCAACAAGUGAAGAUAAAACAACUCCAGGAGACCAGUCUACCACCGUUAAUGAGGAUAACAAGUCUAAUGAUACUGUAACAGUAGAAGAUGAGAGUUCUGAAGGCAUUGCUCAAGCCAUUUUGGACGGCAUAGUGGACCAAAUCACAGGUCCUGAAGCCCCUCCCCCAGGUGAAGGUGAGACCCCCACCUCAGGGGACCAAUGUGAGACACCCACCCCAGAAGAGACUCCUCCCCCACCCCGGGGCCGGGUCAAUACGGGGGAGAGUGGGGACACACCCAGUAAACCUGCCUCCAAUUCCCGGAGUGGUAGCUCUCUGGCUGUGAAUCGUCUUGGUGAAGAGAAUGAGGACCAAACAGAUGGAGGGGAGGUCGGACACGGAGCGUUCAGUCAUGUCCUGCAGAAAGAUGCGUUUCUUGUGUUCCGUAGUCUCUGUAAACUCUCCAUGAAGCCCCUCGCUGACGGUCCCCCAGACCCAAAAUCCCACGAGCUACGAUCCAAAGUCCUUUCCCUAGAACUGCUGUUAUCCAUUCUUCAAAACGCAGGGCCAGUUUUCCGCACAAAUGACAUGUUCAUCAACGCAAUCAAGCAGUACCUGUGUGUAGCCCUGUCUAAGAAUGGUGUCAGCUCUGUGGUUGAAGUGUUUGAACUGUCGCUGGCAAUAUUUCUUACCCUCCUUGCAAACUUUAAACAGCACCUUAAAAUGCAGAUUGAGGUGUUUUUCAAAGAGAUAUUCCUGUACAUUCUUGAAACCCCCAGCAGCUCGUUCGACCACAAGUGGAUGGUGAUCCAGGCUCUCACACGCAUAUGUGCAGAUGCGCAGUGUGUUGUGGAUAUUUAUGUAAACUACGACUGUGACCUGUCCCUUGCCAACAUAUUUGAGCGACUGGUUAGCGACUUGUCCAAGAUUGCUCAGGGCAGACAGUCCCUGGCUCUAGGUGUGACCCCGACCCAGGAGCAGUCCAUGAGAGUCAAGGGCCUGGAAUGUCUUGUGUCCAUCCUCAAAUGUAUGGUGGAAUGGAGUAAAGAUUUGUAUGUGAACCCUCACUUACAGUCUAACCUGGGUCAAGACAGCAAGCCAACUCACGAGUCAGACUCAGACUCCGGUAAGGGGACACUCAAUAGUUAUGACAGCGUCAACUCCCUGGAAUCCACCAGUAGCAGCCAAAACACAUCGACCACUCCCGUCGUCACUGAUAGUCCCGAACAGUAUGAGGUGCUAAAACAACAGAAGGAGAUUAUGGAGCAUGGCAUCGACCUGUUUAACAAAAAGCCGAUGAAGGGAGUGCGCUAUCUGCAGGAUCAGGGUAUGCUGGGAACGUCACCUGACGAUAUCGCUGAGUUGUUCCAUAGUGACGACAGACUCUAUAAGACUGUUGUUGGUGAAUUCCUGGGAGAAAAUGAGACGUUUAACAAAGAGGUGAUGUAUUCUUAUGUGGAUCAGCUCAACUUUGCUGAGAUGGAUUUUGUUUCGGCCCUGCGGCGUUUUUUGGAGGGCUUUAGACUUCCCGGCGAGGCACAAAAGAUUGACAGACUGAUGGAGAAGUUUGCGUCACGAUACUGCGAAUGUAACACGAAACUUGGUAUUUUUGCUAGUGCUGAUGCUGCCUAUGUGUUGGCCUACUCAAUUAUUAUUUUGACAACUGAUUUGCACAGUUAUCAGAUUAAGGAGAAGAAUCGCAUGACCAAGGAGCAGUACAUUAAGAUGAACAGGGGUAUCAACGACAGUAAAGAUCUCCCUGAGGAGUAUUUGUCUGCAAUCUAUGACAAGAUUGCUACGGACGAGAUUAAGAUGAAAGCUGUCGGAGUGCAGAAGGGACUUCACUCUGCAAGAGAUAUAACGAGUGACAAACAGCGUCGUCUGCUGUACAACUCAGAGAUGAAGCACAUGGAAAUUGCAGCUAAAGCGUUGAUGGAGAGCGUCAGCCAUGUCGAGUCCAACUUUAUGUCAGCGAAGCACCAGGAACAUGUCAGGCCCAUGUUUAAAAUGGCAUGGACGCCAUUUCUUGCAGCAUUUAGUAUCGGCCUUCAGGACUGUGAUAACGCCCAGAUAGCCUCCCUUUGUCUGGAUGGGAUACGGUGUGCAAUUCGGAUGUCCUGUAUCUUUCACAUGGAGCUUGAGCGAGAUGCGUAUGUUCAAGCGUUGGCAAGAUUUACCCUGCUAACAGCAGCUUCCCCGAUCACAGAGAUGCGGAGUAAAAACAUCGAGACGAUAAAAACUCUCAUUUCCGUCGCACACACAGAUGGAAACUACCUUGGGAAGUCUUGGCUUGAGAUCCUGAGGUGCAUAUCCCAGUUAGAGCUGGCCCAGCUGAUUGGGACGUCGGCCAAGUCCACCAAACACAUUCCAUCCCAUAGGCGGGAUAAGUCUAAUGGAGGCACUGUUCAUCCGUCUGCGUUUGAUGCAGAAACAAUGGCGAAGGGUGGAUUUGGCUCAAAGACCAUGGACAAGUUUCAGGAGACUAUGGGAGAGACAAGUUCACAGAGUGUUGUGGUCGCGGUCGACAGGGUCUUUACUGGAUCCGUUAAACUGGACGGGGAUGCUAUUGUGGAAUUUGUGAAGGCCCUGUGUGCAGUGUCUGUGGAAGAGCUUUCAAAUUCCGCCAGGCCGCGUAUGUUCAGUCUGACCAAAAUUGUGGAGAUCUCAUACUACAACAUGGGGCGUAUUAGGCUGCAAUGGUCCCGAAUCUGGCAGUACCUUGGUGACCAUUUCAAUAAGGUUGGCUGUAACCCUAAUGAAGAUAUAGCGUUCUUUGCCAUUGACUCCCUGCGACAGCUGUCCAUGAAGUUUAUCGAGAAAGGAGAGUUUGCCAACUUCCGAUUCCAGAAAGACUUCCUUCGACCAUUUGAGCACAUCAUGAAAAGGAACAGAUCUCCAACAAUCCGAGACAUGGUUGUACGAUGCGUUGCUCAGAUGGUGAAUUCCCAGGCUGGAAACAUCAGGUCUGGGUGGAAGAAUAUAUUCUCUGUGUUCCAUCUAGCAGCCUCAGACCAGGAUGAAGGGAUUGUGGAGCUGGCAUUCCAAACCACAGGCAAAAUUAUAUCGUCAGUGUUUGAGAAGCAUUUCUCAGCCGUAAUGGACUCGUUCCAAGAUGCUGUCAAGUGCCUGUCUGAGUUUGCCUGUAACGCAGCAUUCCCCGAUACAAGCAUGGAGGCCAUCAGGCUGAUAAGAAACUGUGCAAAAUACGUUGCUGAAAAACCUCAGCGGUUUACAGGUUUUGAAAUUGAACCAGAGAAAAGUGAUGCGACGUAUGCAAGGUUGUUCCGGGAGCACACGGGGGACGAUCUAAAUGUUCCGGAGUCUGACCGUGUCUGGGUCAAGGGCUGGUUCCCUGUACUGUUCGAGCUCUCGUGCGUCAUCAACAGGUGUAAGCUGGAUGUCAGAACCAGGGGCCUGACAGUAAUGUUUGAGAUAAUGAAGACGUAUGGUGAAUCGUUUGAACCCCAUUGGUGGAGAGACCUGUUCCGCAUUGUGUUCCGAAUCUUUGACAACAUGAAACUCCCCGAGUCACAAAAUGAGACUUUCAUGGAUGUGCCAUUCUCACCAGAGGGAAGUGAUACUGUGAGAGCCCACUGGAAAAACGAAUGGAUGACGACCACAUGUAACCACGCGCUGUACGCGAUCAUCGAUGUGUUCUCGCAAUUCUAUGACAUUCUUCACACCAUGCUGUUGAACGAGCUUUACCAACAACUCAUCUGGUGUGUUCAACAAGACAAUGAGCAGCUGGCCAGGUCUGGCACAAACUGUCUGGAGAACCUCGUUAUCUCAAACGGCACAAAGUUUACCCCUGAGGCGUGGGACAAUACAUGUACAUGUAUGUUCGACAUCUUCAAAAACACCAUUCCAAAUAGAUUGUUAGUCUGGCGACCAGACGACGGUUUCAGCCAAUCUGUAGACGAGAUGAACUCCAGCGUGGACGCCAUUUCCCUGGAUACAUCACAUGAUAAUUCACGUUUACAGCGGGCAGACAGCAAUCACAGCGUCAAUAGCACUGUUUCAGCAGACUCACGUGACCACAAGUUUCCCAGGACAAAGGCAGUAUCAGACCAGAAGUUAUUCCAGUGCCUGCUCAUCAAGUGUGUUGUCCAGCUAGAGCUUAUACAGACCAUUGACAACAUCGUCUUCUUCCCGACCACCAGCAGAAAGGAUGAUGCUGAAAAUCUCGCAGCUGCCCAGGUAAAUAGUGAGAAUGAUUUGACCGACACAGAAACUGUCUAUCAGCAAGAGGACCAGGGCAUGUACCACUAUCUGAGCUCCGACCAGCUGUUCCAACUAGUGGAAUGUCUCCUGCAGUCUCACAAGUUUGCCAAGGACUUCAACUCUAACCAUGAGCAGAGGAACAUGCUCUGGAAAGCUGGGUUUAUUUUAAAUUCAAAGAAAGGGUUCAAGGGUAAAGCGAAGCCCAACUUGUUGAAGCAGGAAACACAGAGUCUUGCGUGUCUGUUCCGAAUCCUGUUCCGCAUGUACAAUGACAAUGGCCGUAAGGACGCAUGGGACCAGGUGGAGUCAAAACUCAUCAGCGUGUGUCACAGUUCGCUGGAGUAUUUCCUGUCCCUCCAGUCUGACAGUCAUCGAGAAGCCUGGAGCAACAUCAUCAUUCUGCUUGUCACCCGCCUUCUAAAGAUGUCCGAUGAUAGGUUCCGUGUACACGCCUCCCACUACUACCCACUGAUGUGUGAAACCAUGAACUAUGACCUCAAACACGAGCUUCGAUCCAUUCUCAGAAAGUUCUUUGUGCACAUAGGGGUCAAGUUUGGCAUCACACACCCGGACCGGACGACUAGCUAGUGCGUGAUAUAAGUGUGAUAUUUCCCCAUGUCAACAAAGUGUGAUAUACUAAAGUCAUGUGAUUUUAGAUUAGUGGCGUUUGGCUUCAAAAAUUAGUGAAAUAAAUGGCAUCAAUAAGUAUGAAAUCUUUUAACUGAGGUAAAUGUUUGCAAAUUUGAAUAUGCCAUUAUAAAGAUAAGAUGUAGAGGAAUUUGCAAAUACUGGAACAUAUCAUUGUUUUUAUACAGUGUAGGAAUAUUUUUUACUAAAAACCAUGUGUACUUAAGUGAUUGUAUGAUUGAGGAAUGGAACAUAAUAAAAUACCAAAAAAUAAACCAGCAUUUUAGUGAUAAAUUUAUAAAGAUAAUUAGUGAACCAUAUUUGCUACCUUUUUUGACCAAUGUAAUUGUCUACAGCUUUCGGAAAAGCAAAUUGAAAAUAAGAUGAAAUCCUGUUACAAAUGUUUUGUUUGGAAAGGCUUUGUAUAAAAUGAUUUAGAUUAGGCCAAAAAAAAUAAAUUGUUAAGGGUAACCUUCCCAAAAAUUUUACGUAGGGUAGGUAGGGAUUCUUUUUGAUUUUUAAAAAAAAAAAUCAAAAUCUGUCGAAAGUUCAGAGUGUUUCCUUGCACAUGGCAGUCUUUCCUACAUUACUGUCAUUGCCUGACUUUGUUUUAUCAUAUAAACAAUAAUUCUGAUCAUCCAAUUCGCAUUUAUCCGCCCUUCGUAACUCUCCAUUGGCUUACGAAUAUUUUUUUGCUCAGAAACGGAAAAAAAUAGUUAGGGUCGGCGCAUUUUUAUAGAUAGGGUCGGGGUACCCGAAACAGACAUUUUUUUUUUUUUUUUAGGCCUUAGGUUGGAAUUAAUUUCAUAAGUUUGUCAUCAAAUUUUCAUUAUUUGGCUCUGUAAAUGUUGACGGUAAAAGAGUGUGGUAUCUACUGAGUAUUAAUUAACACGAUACUGGUUGUCAUUCGACUGUUUAACUCUUUAGUCGACGAAUAUAGCAAUUAUGGGCUGAUUCUUCAGAACUUUAUUAAAAUUAACAACGUGAUUAACAACAUUGUUGUUAAAUUUUAAACGUUAAUUUUUUUUAUGAUGUUUUCACAUUUUUAAACAUCAAUAAUUACAGCUGCAAUUUUGGUCUCAAAUCUUGUUUGUAAAACAGCAGAUCACAAGUGUAUCCAUUUAACUUCUAGACAUGUAACAAUUUUAAAGUUAACAACGAUGGUGUUAACAACAUUAUUCACUUUAACAAUGUUCUAAACAAUCAGCCCUAUAAUUCGUUAAUAAGUAAUGGCUCAUGGUUGUAUAAACAUAUGAAAUACUUUGACCACCCCGGAUCUCUGACUAGUAACCAAGCAGAGUAAGGAUCCCAUUUCUGUCGUUUAAAUAGUACAUAUACAAUACUGUUGUGAAAACAUUCUAACAAUUACAUUUUCUUAAUAUUAUGGAAAAGCUACAUGCAGCUGGAAAAAAUCAAUACAAAUAUCAGGUUCUUUUCGCUCCCUGAUAGACAGCGCUACCAUAAUUUUACAAUUAUUACCAUGAAGUGUAUUGCUUAUUGGUGUGUAUGAUAAAUGAACGUUUACAGAUAUUUUUUCCAUUGCUAUUUAUUCCAAGCAUUCCAGUUAACUGUUGAUUGAAGUGGUCUGAGUGUUCUAUUUUAAAACUCUCUCACAAAUUGACAGUUUUUUGUUGUUGUUUUAUUUCUCGGAAUCGGCUCAUUUUGGCAUCAGUGCCUUCAAUUCAGUCAUAUAAGAUAGCUCACAAUAUAAUGAAUCCAAUUUGUUUGGUAAACUGCCGAAAAAAAAAUUAGGGUAAAGUUUUUAGCAAUUAAAAAUCAAUUUUCGAACAUAAAUAUGAAAACUGCGAUCUGCUCUUUUGUCAGGUUUCCAGACAUUUACGCAAAAAUUGGCUCAUUCGAAGACAAAAAAUAAAAAAAGUUGUCAAAAUAAUCAAAUUGUGAGAGAGCAGCUUUGCUUUUACAUUCACAUGUACAUGGUUGUAUGAUAUUAGGAUCAUUUAUCCGAUGUGUGCUUUAAGUAAAAGUUAAGUUGGUGUUUAUUGUGCAGAAAUACUUAAGUUAUGCCAGUGCAAUGUCUUUGUGCAUAUUUUAUUUUGUGUUCAGUUCCUUUUGUGAGAUCUGAUAGAGUUUCCGAGUAGUUUUAAGGUUGCCGCCCACAAAUAAGCUAGCUCCAUAAACCAUAAUGUUCAAUUUUGAUGCAUGGUGACUCUAUAUAAUGUAUUUAUCAUUUGAAAGGUAUAAAUCUUACUUAUAUGUAAUAUAAAUUACUUAAAGACAUCAUACAUAAUAAUAUUACCAGUACAGUUUGUAUUAUUCGGCUUUAUUUCGUUUAACUGAUUUUGGACAUGAAACUACCCGGUACCCAUUUUGCAAUUUGCAAAAAUUAAUGACAGAAAAAAUAUCAUACAUAAGGAUUUUACCGGUACAGUUUAUAUAUUUCUUUUUUAUUUCGUUCAACAGAUAUCGGACGAGAUUAACAACCUAUUUGGCAGUUUUUAAGCCAAAAAAGCUUGUUUGUUAUAUUAUUUGCAGCCAAAUUUCAUUUUACCGUUUAGUUUUCUGCUCAUAAAACCCUUGCAUUUGAUGCUAACAUUACAUAGGGCAACAAGGCACAAAAGUCCAAUUAUUUGUGAAUCAGUUACCUUAAAAACAAAUGUGAGAUUUGAAAAUGCUUCUGCUAAACCAUUUCAUGCUUGUCUUAAAAAUCAGAUAAAUUAUUAAACGAUAAAUUAUUAAACAGCUAAAAAAAGUCUUUUUCGACGUAAAAUUAUUUUUAGCCUAUUUGUAUUUUCUUAGGAACUUUGGCAAAUACAAUUUUUGCCGUUUGAAAUGAUUUAUUACAUAUAACAAUGUACUACUAAUGUAUUAAUAAUAUUUAUUUUAUGUUUUUGUAUCUAAUGGGUAAAUUUUAAGACUGCAUUUAUAAAGAGGAGUGAGAGUGGUCUAGUGGUUCAGGUGUCUGCCUAUGACUCAGGAGGUUUUGGGUCCGAGCCCCAUCAGGGUGAGAGUGGUCUAGUGGUUCAGGUGUCUGCCUAUGACUCAAGAGGUUUUGGGUCCGAGCCCCAUCAGGGUGAGAGCGGUCUAGUGGUUCAGGUGUCUGCCUAUGACUCAAGAGGUUUUGGGUCCGAGCCCCAUCAGGGUGAGAGCGGUCUAGUGGUUCAGGUGUCUGCCUAUGACUCGAGAGGUUUUGGGUCCGAGCCCCAUCAGGGUGAGAGCGGUCUAGUGGUUCAGGUGUCUGCCUAUGACUCAAGAGGUUUUGGGUCCGAGCCCCAUCAGGGUGAGAGCGGUCUAGUGGUUCAGGUGUCUGCCUAUGACUCAAGAGGUUUUGGGUCCGAGCCCCAUCAGGGUGAGAGCGGUCUAGUGGUUCAGGUGUCUGCCUAUGACUCAAGAGGUUGUGGGUCCGAGCCCCAUCAGGGUGAGAGCGGUCUAGUGGUUCAGGUGUCUGCCUAUGACUCAAGAGGUUUUGGGUCCGAGCCCCAUCAGGGUGAGAGCGGUCUAGUGGUUCAGGUGUCUGCCUAUGACUCAAGAGGUUUUGGGUCCGAGCCCCAUCAGGGUGAGAGCGGUCUAGUGGUUCAGGUGUCUGCCUAUGACUCAAGAGGUUGUGGGUCCGAGCCCCACCAGGGUGAGAGUGGUCUAAUGGUAAAGGUGUUCGCCUCCAUCUCAAGAGGUUUUGGGUUCGAGCCCCAUCAGGGUGAGAGUGGUAUAGGUGUCUGCCUCCGACUCAAGAGGUUGUGGGUAUGAGCCCCACCAGGGUGAGAGUGGUCUAAUGGUAUAGGUGUUCACCUCCAACUCAAACGGUUUUGGGUUCAAGCCCUAUCUAGUUUCUCACGGCCUCUCAAAAAGGACACAGUACUGGUUUCUGUCCAGGAAACUUGAGAGUGAUUCAUUUCAGCUUUAAGCUGUCUUUACAAUUGAGCAAAAAAUAAAUUGGUAUAAAGCAAAGAAGGUUGUUCCUCUAUUAUUGUAAAUAAUGGAAAUGUUUUUCAGUCUUGUGAUUUGUGACUGUUCAAAAGUUGAAAUGUUGGACGGACAUUCAAUGUCACUGAAAAGUGUAUGAAUAUGAAACUUGGUACAUACGUGCAUUUGUUGAUAUCUUAAAAUUGUUUAUUUGUUUUAAGUAUAGUCACCAACUGAUGAAGAAGUUUCAAAUUGAUUAUGUAAUGAUACUCGUUGGUCUUGAUGUUUGUAGAUUAUAGUAAGUGUUAAGGAGAAAUAAUUGUUAUUGUUAUUUAUGAAUAUUGUUAAUAUAUACUUGUUUUUUUUCUACAUCACAAGUUAACAGCAUUCUUGUUGUAGUUGACAUAAAAAUGCAUAUUUUUGUCAGUCUUACACAAAAACUCUAUUUGGCAUUGAAAGGGAGAAUAAUUGACUGUUUUCAUUUUAUUUAUAACAAAGAAUUAAAUCAUGUUUUAAUUUUAAAAAUGCUUAUAUCCAGUUCUUACCAAUGUAACUUUUUAUUGGACAGGGUGCUAAAAAGACGCUUGUUACUAAUAGGACAUUUAUGGUAAUCUUUAAUCAAUUAAUCUUUAAGGCAACGUAAUGAAUCUAUUAUUAAACUAUUCAGUUUGUACAAACAUCUUGCAUUGAAGUCAAACUUCAUAAUUAUGUUGAUAUGACUGCCACAUGUAUAAACGUAUAUUUUGUAAAUAGUGCGGAUAUGUAUGUACUAUGUGUAUUUAUGUCACAUAAUCUGUGUAAUUCAUCAUGUGAACACGAUUCUGAACCUUUGUUUAAAGGUUAUAAAUAAAUAUUUAUAUGGCA